CCCAUCCCGCGCCAACCUCAAGCAGCACAGCAGCGGCCCCGAGGACACACUCACGCCUCACUCGCUCACAGUCACACUCCACACGCUGCCUGCCACUCCCCACUCCUCCGCAGCACUCACUGCCGCCCAUGGCGUCCCGGAUCUUGCUCCCGGCGCUCCUCCUCCUCGUCUGCUCGCAUUGCGGCGUCGCGGCGGCGAGGAAGGCGCGCGGCGGCGAGGCCAGCUCGCAGGUCAAGUUCGACUUCUCGCCCUUCCUCAUCGAGUACAAGAGCGGCGUGGUGAAGCGGCUCAUGGGCACCGACCGCGUCUCCGCGGCCGCGGACCCGCUCACCGGCGUCACGUCCAGGGACGUCACCAUCGACCCCGCCGCCGGCGUCGACGCCCGGAUCUACCUCCCGAGCUUCCGCGCCAGCACCAAGGUGCCCGUCCUGGUCUACUUCCACGGCGGCGCCUUCGUGGUGGAGUCGGCGUUCAACCCCAUCUACCACGCCUACCUCAACACCCUGGCGGCCAAGGCCGGCGUGGUGGCCGUGUCGGUGAACUACCGCCUGGCGCCGGAGCACCCGCUGCCGGCCGCCUACGACGACUCGUGGGCGGCGCUCAAGUGGGUGCUCGCCAAUGCGGCGGCCGGGACGGACCAGUGGCUGUCCCAGUACGGCGACCUGUCCCGCCUCUUCCUCGCCGGCGACAGCGCGGGGGGCAACAUCGCGCACAACCUGGCAUUGCGCGCCGGGGAGGAGGGCCUGGACGGCGGCGCGAGGCUCAAGGGCGUGGCCCUCCUGGACCCCUACUUCCAGGGCCGGAGCGCGGUGGGCGCCUACUCCGCGGACCCGUCGUUCCUGCAGUCGGCGGCGCGCACCUGGAGCUUCAUCUGCGCGGGAAAGUACCCCAUCGACCACCCGUACGCGAACCCGCUGAUGCUGCCGACGGCCUCGUGGCAGCACCUCGGCGCCUCCCGCGUGCUGGUCACCGUGUCCGGGCAGGACCGGCUGAGCCCGUGGCAGCGCGCCUACUACAGCGCGCUCCGGAGCAGCGGCUGGCCCGGGCAGGCGGAGCUGUACGAGACCCCCGGCGAGGGCCACGUCUACUUCCUCACCAAGAUGAGCACGCCCCAGGCGCAGGCCGAGAUGGCCACCCUCGUCGCCUUCAUCAACCGCGACGACUAGUGGCUCGCCGGCGGCCACACCGCCCACCCGACAUGAGUGCUCUGCUACGCUAGGUAACGAGUACGUACGUACGUACGUAGCGAGGGGGAAGGCCUUUGGUUUGAGUCGAUUUCUUGUGUCGCCACGGUGUAGAGUGCGGUACGUAGGUGGAUUCGGUUCCUCCCCAGCAACCGGCCGGACGGAGAGGGGGGCCGCGCCGUGCUCUGCCACCGACCCAUCUGCAGCUAAGCAAGCUGGAGUAGCUUGCAACGUUAACGCAGUAGUAGUAGUUGGCCGUUUCUCGCAGUCGCCAGUAGUAGUAACUACCGAGCCGUAUACUACUAUAGUAGUGUCACUGUCACUAUAUUUACCUAGCGAUUGCAGUGUCCAGUGUGUAACUUUUUGUACUGCUGCUAUGGUGAACUGGCCGUGUGGAAGGAAAUGGAAUGGUGUGAUUUAGUAUUA